ACCUCAACGGCUCAUCAUUUCCGUAUUACUGGCGUAUUAUUGUCGCAUUAUUGUCCCUAAUCUACAUUUUCUCCAGAAGCUCGAUGAGAGUGACGUGAAUAUUCAAUUCACCAGAACAACUUUCCCUUCAUCCUCCACCCUCCACUCUCCAUUCUCCACCUUCACCCUUCACCCUUCACCCUUCACCCUUCAUACUCCACCCUUCACCCAUCCCUUCGUCCCUUCCUACUUCGAGUGUCGCCGGCAUCUCAUCUCCUUGCGUUCCUUCCAACCCCCUGUCAUGGACCUCCCACUCCUUUCUCAUCUAACACUGAUCUGCACCCAUGUCUGAAUCCGGUCAUCUACGGAAACCUUGGUUGCGAAAGGUAGUCUCGGACGAGCUGGGGAAUGCAUCUAUCUGGCUUCGACAACCACCGAGUACAUCGCAAAGUUCUCAAACAGCGGAAAAGCUAUACGACGACAACAACAACUACCUUCGGGUUACCGUUAGUACGGGAAUUUUGGCCUCCCGUAUAGUCCAAAUCCACAAGGUCGUCAACCAAGGCAGGUCUCUAAAAGCAAAACUAUCCGACGGCGAUCACUGGGUCUCGGCCAAGUUCUCUCAAGACUGCAUCACACGGUGGACGUCCCUACACAACCGUCCAUUUAGCGACACCACAUGGAAGGGGUACAUCAACCUGAAAGCCCUCGAUAUCCGAUCCUCGAAGCUGGUUAGCGGUACCGACCAAAUAUCUCUAUUCGUAAAAGACUUUGAGUGGGUUUCUUCAAGCGAGCACCUUCACGGAAGUCCAGUGUAUAUAGGAGAAGAUCGGGAAAUAAAGGAGAAACUUCAGCGGAUGGAGGAUCCGUAUUCGCUUAUGUCUGAGCUAUCUCCUGAACACGGGGAGGGAGCAGGCGAAGAUGCGAUGGCAGACGAUGAAGGGAGCCCUGGUCCCAUUGUCGGCACACGGGUAAAACAUAAACCCAAGUCCCGCUCGCCUUCCAUGUCUGCAGACGCGCCUGUUAUGGAAACUCAGAUUUCGAACAUGAUGACCCAACUUCCACCGCGCUCUCCGGAAUUUCGACCCAUUGUUCUCUCCAGGCCUCCGAAGAACGCUGUCACCAAAGCCGAUCAACUCCUCCAACUCCUUAAGCCUCGCCUACAACGGGCACGUACUCCCGAACUUCCAGCCGCUCGGGAACGGUCUUAUGAUUCUCUCUACGACGAUUCUGAUGAGGGAGAUAGGCAUCGAGGAUCCAACGCUGGAUCUCCUGUCCACGUUGCUCCUGAUCCUGCCAAUAGCGAUGCCUCAUCCGAUGUUCAUCGAGGGGCUAACCAAUCUGGCACAGCCCCUGUCUCCGAACUUGAGCCCGAAAUCAUGGCAUUGGUCGAGGAGAUCGAUAACGAGCACAACUCUUCCAACGCAGAAGUGAUGGACGUGGACGGCGACCGGUUGCCAGAUCCUGGCACAUCCACCCAAGAGAAUUCGCGCACCAGGCCAUCUUCAGCACCGCUGACAGGAACGUCGUGCAAGACGCCACGAAAUGAGACGAAGGAUGAAAGCUCUUCCGAGGAUCAACUAAAACAAGUGAAUCCAGAUCCCAACACAUCCCGUCAAGAACAGUUACAGCCAUUCUCAGUCCCUCUAACACGCAUGUUAUGUGGAACCCCUCGAAAGGAGAUGAAGCGCAAACGCUCUGCCGAUGAUGACGAACCAAGGCGGGCGAAACGGGCGAGUAUAGAACAGAAACAAGAGCGCAAACACUUUAAUGUCCCACUUACGCGCCGUAUAUGCUUGGUCCCGAAAGAUCAAGACAAAUUGCUUAUUGAGGAAGCGUCCUGGCUGCGCAAUCCCGGCAAUUUUAACCGGAUGAGUGUCCCGGACGCUGUGAUUUUGGCAAUGGAGGGUCGUGGAAACGAGACAACAGUUACAAAACAUCCUCCCAACAACGAACUGAGCAAUCAGCUUCGGAAUGGACACGAUGCUCGCAAUGGCGCCACGUCCGGUCCACCUCCCCACGAAACGCAGCCCGUGACCCAAGACUCGACCACCACCACCUCAAGCGAACUAGAAUCCGAAACCGACACCGAGGAGGACGUGAUUCGCGAGAAUGCCGAGAAAGCAGAUGGGCCUCCCCCAUCAUCCGCAUAUAGCUGGACACCUUCUCCUACGCCUAAAAAGCGGAACGCGCUUCCUCCCGACAGCUCAGUCCCUGCAAUCGAACCGGAAGAUACUACGGGAGGAGAAGCGAUGCCGGAUGCCAGAUCCAUUGUCAAUGUGCCAGGUACUCCGAACAGGCAGUAUUGUCGUGGAUCAGUCGACGAGAUUGAUAACUCUCCGCUCAUGGUAGUCGUCACUCCAAGCAAGCAGCUGCAAAGCGACAGUAUCUCUGACGAUGAACACGAAUGUGCUCCAUCCAACCGUGGCAGUAGCCGCAUGGCAGAUGAACUAAGCAGCUCCGAUAUCAUGGACAUUUACGGCCCCGGUGAACCAUUUGGCUACGACGGAGCCGCGGUCUCCAAAGGACACGACUCGAUGGUGGCCAGUACGUUUCUAUCUGACAUGGAAAUCUCCAUUCCCAGGCCCUUGGUAAAGGAAAAAGCAGGACCAGUCCUCAAGACUGUGCCUGAGUCUUCCCACAAGUCUUCACCGACGGUUAUGGUACGUGGAACACCAAUGUCCUCGGCGGAGGAGGCGGCCGAGGAACAGCUUAGGAGUGGCCAAUCGACCAAGAAGCUGGAAGUCCGAAAGUUCUUGCCGAGAGAUCAUGCUUUUAUUUCUCUUGAGUCGCAGCAACAAGAGGCAAUCGAUCAUCAACUUCGUGAUGGUGGCCACAAUGACGUAGCGGACGAUUCCAAUGUCAUACCAAAUAGCGAUCAUGCGGAGCAUGUGCCUAGCAGCCAUCCCCAUCUCACGCAACCGCCCACGAUUUCCUAUAUCCCCAAAGUCACACGAAGCUCAAUUGAGGGUCGAAUGGCGACGGUCGCCCCUCGUGCAAGCAGCGAGAAGAGCCCGCAACCGAGGGCGGCUAAGAUCCGAGUCGGCCCCCCUGAAAUGCACCCGGAGAAUCAAGCAUAUGUCAGCCGCUCGGCAAGUCCAGGCACGCCUCCCCCUAACAUAAAUGGAAGGUUCUCAAGACCGAGCCCGGGCAGCGCCAGGAACCCGUUAAUCUCAAGGGGCUUUGGUGGCAGUCUGCUUAAGCCCAGGCCUUCGGGCCCCGCUCCCAUUUUGGUUCAACAGACGGCAGAGGAAGACCUACCGGAACCCCCAGCUGGGGUUCGGUGCAGUCCCGACAUCGUGGCGGAGACGAUUCGAUCGCGCCGAACAGAGUUCGUCCUGACGUCAAGCCCACCAUCCACUGCGCGGUCAUCCGUGUCCACAUCCCCCCGGCCUCAGGAAGUGGCACCAAGACUUUCGACGCCUGCUCCCAUGUUGGCGGAACAGGCAGGGAAGGACGACCGGUCGGAAUCUCCGGCUCGGCCCCGAUACACUCCAUACGUUGUGGGGGAUAAGGGGCAACCCAACACCAUGAAGUCCAACCGCAUAUUAACCCCACCAUCCGUCCCGCGCCAACCCUCCGUGUCACCUGGACAAAAAGGAGAGGAAGACCGCCAUAGACCCCGGUCUAGGCUUCGGUAUGGUUCAGACGUUGUGGUUGGCAAGAGACAACCCAACCCAAUGGGGUUCGGCCGCAUAUCAACCCCACCAUCUGUGGCGCGCCAGUCCUCCAUAUCAACCGAACAGAAGAGAGGCGAAGACCACCAUCCAUCCCCGUCUAGGCUUUGGUCUGGUCCAGCCGCCCGGAUCGGCAAGAUACAAUCCAACAACGCGGAGCGCCUCUAUACAUCAACCCCACCAUCCCUUCCGCGCCAGUCACCCAUGUCGACAUCUCUCCCCAAACGGUCCUCGGCCACCAAAUCCUCCCCGUUCCAACUUCCCAUGUCCCAACCCGUUGAGUCUGUCGACCUCGUUUCCGAAUCCCCCACACCCGAACCUUGCAAACCGAAGUCGAAACCAUCGGUCGAGGUCGACCUCAUCUCCAAAUCACCCACACCCGAACCUUCCAAAGCGAAGCCGAAACCACAGUCCAAGUCCAUCGACCUCAUCUCCAAAUCCGCCACAUCUGACCCUUCCACACCGGAGUCGAAACCACCGCCCAAAUCCAUCGAUCUCACCACCGCGACUCGGGAAUCUAUCCGCGCAGACUUUUGCCGAGCAUACCCCGCGUCGACCACGCUCCUCAAAUCCAGCGAAUUCAACCGUAUCUGCGAUAUCAUUCACACCAGAAUCUCGCCAGCCGAGUUCCCACCCGAGCUCUACGACAGCAUCGUCCUCGCGAACAAGGGCUACAAGAAGUACUCCGAUGCCUGCAUAGCAAAGUCGACGCCCCCCGAACACCUCCUGAGUUAUUUACGGCGUAUAGAACUCAAGCCCGUGAGACCCGAGAAUCCGGUGAUAAUCGGCAUACCGAACAACGAUGGGAAUGGGAGCGGAUGGACGGAUACGGACAUGGCAGCGCAGACGGGGGUGCUUACGCCCGAAGUCAUCGCGCACAUGGCGGCCUUGAAGGCCACGGCCACCCUAAAGGCCAAAAACAAGCGCGAGAGCUCGAUGAGCGCGGCCUCGAGCAGACGGGGCAGCACGGUGAUGAACGCAACGCCGCAGCGGGGGACGAUGCCACGGAUCUCGAGCAACUUAUCGGGAACCAAGCGGGUUCGUGACAGCGCAGAGACGCCGGGCGGGACGCCCAGCGGCGCGAAGAAGCGGAAGAUCAUUGAGAAGGGGAGAGGCUCGCCUGCAGCUAUCGGGGCGUUGAAUCCGGGAAAGAAGAGAGAUGAUAAGUCCGUGGAGAGGAGUGUUGAGAGGCGAGAAAAGCCGACGGUGCGGAUGAUGCAUAGCGGAGGUCAGGCAAGCGGAUCAAGCUCCUCGACGCGGCACACGGUAACACGGCCGCAUGCGCGAGGGCCCGGAGCGGAGGCGUCGCGGGCGCGAUUGUUCUCCGAGGCGCCGCGUGGGUCGAUGCUUGGGCUGGUGGCGGAUUACAUGAACUCGGAGCCGGUUCGAGGGAAGGUGAAGGGGGACGCGAAGGCGGAGGGGACGAAGGUGGAUGUGUUGGGGUGGAAGAUCUAGGGCGAGAGGGGGGAGGGGAAUAUAACCCUGAACGCGGCUCGGUUCAUGGAGAUCUGAUGACAAGGAACUACGAGCGACGCAUGUAUUUCAGGCAUCACGAAGACGGACUGGAUUGUCCAGCAUUCGGCCCCGGGGCUACGGCUAUGGUUACAGGUGGUCUGAGAGAAGGCCUUAUAGCAGUAUCAAGCUGCCACUAUGAAUAACAGCCAUUAUUCGACAGGGUUUCGAGUUGUUCAGAUGAAUUUACUUUCAAUGACGAUGGUU